CCUUAUAUUUCCGGCAAGUAAGGUCGUGUUGUGAGAAGCUACGACACGUCGUCUGUGAAGUCCCAGAAAGGACCGAUGAUUAAUCGUCGCAGAUGUCGUCGUUGUUGUUGUACAUUCUGUAUGCACAUGUGAAAACUAUUGUAGAUAAACUUUGUCUGUUCUUACCAAAAGGGGAACUUUGAAUAGAAGUUAAUUUUAGUGGAAGGGUAAGUAUAAACCGAAAUAAAUGGGGGAGGUGAGGAAACUGCACAAGAAGUUGAGGCAGAUUGAGAAUCUGGAGAUCAAGGCUUCUCUAACAACAGAGGAGAGAGUUAAGGUCUCAAAAAAGGUGGAGCUUCGCGCCAGAUUGGCUGAGCUGCUGCUGCAACUUUCUGGCCCCCAGCAAACCCAAAGCAUUGUGGGAGACGAAAGUGAGAAGAUGAAGAGACAAGUGGUGGACAGUCCUGAGGUUCCCCCUGCCCAGUCACCAGCUCCUAAAAUGCCCAGAGCAGCAGCCCCAGAGACAGGGAGAGGACAGGCAGAGGAGGAGUCAGAAGAAGAACCAGCUUCACCGGAUAUUCCAGCCUCAACAGAAACCAGCAGCCGGCAACAACAAGAAUCGGAAUUUUCAUCCCUUAAAGCAUCUUGGGAAGCGACAAAAUUUCGGCUACGAACUCUCGAGGGUCACAGUGACAUAAUCACUUGCGUGGUAGCCGUGGACAACCUUGUGAUCUCUGGCAGCCGCGAUACAACAGUGAAAGUGUGGCAUGUUCCCACGGCAACAGAGCAGCGCAAUCUAGGGGGGCACACUGGUGGGGUCACCGCUCUCUGUGCCCCUCCUCCAGAGUACUGCAGGAAAAUGGCACGGUUCCUGGAUCUCAGUGAAAAGGAGAGAUUUAUCCUCAGUGGCGCCGGUGACUGCUGUGUGAGAAUCUGGGUGUUGAGCUCAGGGCAAUGUGUCAAAUCCAUCUACACCUUCAACGCAGUGACAGCCCUCUGCUUCAUUCCUGAGGGACAUGGAUAUAUCAUCACCGGAUCAGAUGCAGGCAAGGUUCAGGCAUGGAGCUGGCAGUCCAUGGAGAACUGUCAAUCAGUCAACGCUCACGAAGAGGCAGUCACCGCACUACAGUCUCAGGGUCCCCUGGUGUUCAGCGGCUCCGCAGACGGCAGCCUGUGUGUGUGGGAGGUGCAUCCUUCGCACAGGAACCCCCUGCAGCGGCUCCAACAGUGGGGACCCUCGGUGACGGGGUGCGGCGGCACUCAGGCAGGUCGCGGGGGGUCACACCGCGGCCAUCUGGCACUCAGUCCCCGUGGCGACCGUGUCUUCAUGGCCAGCGGCAAAGCCAGCGUGAGGGUCCUGAACUGGAGAACGGGCACAGUGUCCAGAUUGACCAAUCACAGCAGCACGGCCGGGGUGACGGACUGCAUCAAUCAGAUACCUGGCCUUCUGAUUGGCUCCUGUUUUGAUCUUGCCACUGGAGAGAGCACGUUGAACUUGUUCACUCUUCCCCAUUGCAGGUACCUUGUUUCUCUUAUCUCACCUGAGGCACCCAGAAUCCUUUGCUUUUCGACGUGGUGCACCUCAAGCGGAGACCACCGCUGGGUGACUGGCGGUCGGGAGCUGACGGUGUGGGAGCAGCUCCCAUCCAAGACGAAGCAGAAGGGAGACGUUGCAGUGAAGCGGGACAUCCGAUUGGACAGUUCUCUGAUGGAAUCUGAAGAGGACUCCGAUGGGGAAGUGGACGGGGACAGUGAUGACUACAGUGAAGAGGACUCCACGCCCCAGGAUGCUCCUGACACGGAGGGGGUGGCCAACUCCUCGUGGCUGCGAUGCAUUCUCCAGUGACAGCAGGCUGACCGCACCACCACCACUGAACCGGAGAGAGGCGACGCCUCGGAGCGAUGAAGAGGGGCUGGGAGAAGAAAGGAGAGAGGCAGAGGAUCAGAGACAGGAGGAGGGAGGGAUGAAGAAAGAGAGGAGAGAAGGAAAAGGACAGAGAGAGAGAGAAUGAGAGGAGAGAGAGAGACAUUGAGGGAAGCAGAGAGCAGAAAAAGAAGAGCGAGGAGAGGGGGAGCGAAGUGUGACAGAUUGAGUGAGGGGCGACUGAGAAGAGGCAUACGGAGAAAGAGCGAGAGAGAGAGAGAGAGAGAGAGAGAGAGAGAGAAGUGAGGAGGAGAAAACGUAGAGAGCAGAUUGUUUUCCAUGUAAAUGUUGCCUGUUGUUUGCAAUAAAACUGCCAAAUUGUGAA